AUGCAGAUCCACCAGGUGGUUAUCCUUCUUUUUGUCAUCAUUGUUGGAGCUUUUAAUGUUGAUGUUUCAAACUGGACUCCUUUUGCCCCAAAUGGUGCUACAGCAAUAUUGACUGGAGCUACAGUUGUCUUCUUUGCAUAUGUCGGAUUUGAUGCAGUCGCCAAUUCAACGGAAGAAUCAAAGAGACUACAGGAAGCUGUCCAGUUCCAUUUUGGGUUCAGUUUUGGUGAGCUGCUCGGACCAGGGGCUGUGAAUCACUUCUCGAUCAAUAGUAAUAUCCGGUCAAGGUUCGCAUCUCAGGCAACAACGGCAAUAGGUUCUCUGUUCUUCCCGUCGGCAUCAUCUUCAUGUUUUUAUUUUUGGGGAAUUGAGUUUCCUGGGUUCCUUCAUUACCCAGCACGUGUGUGCUAUUCGAAUUUUCGGCGAGGCUUGCCGUUCCGUUCCUGGUUGACGGACGUCGUGUUCUCUCCUCUCCGUCUCGCGUUCUCUCGUUCGUGUCCAGCUCGGCAAUUGGUUUAG